AUGCCACCGACCCUAAUUCUGAUUCGCCAUGCUCAGGCUGAGCACAACGUCUCCAGUGACUGGAGCAUUCGCGAUGCACCAUUGACAGAGCUUGGCAAACAACAAUGUCUUGAAUUGCAAGAAAGUCUCAGGAACAGUGAGAUUGGGAACCAGGUAGAGCGUAUUGUAGUGAGCGCGCAGAGAAGAACGCUCCAAACUGCCACGAUUGGGUUGGAUUGGCUUAUCAAAAAGGGUGUUCCAGUUGUCCCCUCAGCACUGUGGCAAGAAAACGCCGACAAACCCUGCGACACUGGCUCACCUCUCGAUGUCAUAUCCUCCGAAUUCCCACAAUACGACUUUUCACACGUUGACCCUUCUUUUCCCGACAAAACGACAAAAAUCUCUUCCAACCCCUACGCCUUCACCCAGCGCGCCAUCCUCGCUCGCGGCCAAUCUGCACUCCGAGAGCUUUACUCGCGGCCCGAGAAGGUCAUUGCCGUGGUGUCGCACUCUGGUUUUUUGAGAACGGCAGUGGCAAACCGCAUGUUUUUCAAUGCGGAUUGGAGGGUUUUCACAUUCGAUGAGGAUGAAGGGGCUAGGCAGGGGAAGCUUGUCCUAAAGGAGAGCGAGGAGACGGAGAAGAAAGGAGGUGGCAUGGGCAGGAGUAACAUUGGUGUGUUUGGGGUUGUGGAGGGGGAUUUUCCUGCCGAAGAGGAGGAGAGGGUCGAGGAGGUUGGGGAGGCGAGUAAGGAAGUACCUAGUCAGUAA